AUGGAGGAGCCUCUUCUUUCGCCCUUCAGCACGGACAUUCCACACGCGUUUAUAUACAAUGACUCGAGGAAGGCAAAGUCCUACUACCGUGGACCCUAUGCGGAGUCCAUACAGAGCUUUGCCCAGGUGUUUCACUACGAUCUGCAGCUGGACCACAUCGACAGUUUGCCCAACAAGAGCGAUCUGCAGGAACUAUUUGCAGAGGGUGUGUACAAUGUGUCGUUGCAUGGAGUGCUAUUCAGAACUCUGCUGGAUGACGCCAGCAACAUUAUGCAGUACAGUUAUCCGUUCGAGAUGUUGAGGAAUUGCGUCAUGGUGCCGCUUGCACCGGAGUUGCCCAAGUGGAUGUAUAUAGUUUGGCCCCUGGGGCGAUAUGUGUGGACAUCUCUCUUUCUGAGCAUCUUCUAUGUGGCCUUUCUGCUGCGCUAUGUGCACUGGGAGGAGACCAUAGCCCGAUCUUAUACGCGGAAUCUGCUGCACGCCAUGGCGCUCCUUAUGUACAGUCCCAACAUGAAUAUGCGGGUGCGAAUGUAUCAUAUGCCAUACCGGAGGAUAGUCUUCUAUACGCUGCUCUACAUUCAGGGAUUCAUACUUUCCAAUUAUCACAUCAGUCAUAUGACGUCGUUCGAUAUGAAGCCAGUCUUUGUAAAGCCUAUCAACACCUGGGCUGAUUUAAUAGAAUCCCGACUGCGGAUUAUCAUUCCAGAUACUCUCUUGGAGGAGAUGCGUUCUCUACCCGGCUUGGAUGUUUCGUCCUUAAAUCCGCAGUUUAAACCACUUAUUUGGCAGGAUUAUCAAGAUCUAUUGACUGCACCGCCUUGACAAUUUGCAUAUGUGGUCACCGAGGAUACGUGGGAAUUCUUCAAUCGCCAGCAGGCGGUGCUCAUUCAGCCCUAUUUCCACAUGUCCCAGGUCUGUUUCAAUGGAUUCGUCAACGCUUUCCCCUUACAAAAAGAUGCUCCAUUUGCCGAUGCCCUUGACCGUUUCAUAUUGUAUGUAAGGCAGGCGGGUCUCUGGGAAUACUGGGAAGAAAUGGCAUUCAUCUACGCUGUGCGUGCCAAUUACGCCAAGGUUUUUCUCGAUACGUAUCCUGUGGAGCCACUGAAUCUGGAGUUCUUUAGCACUGCCUGGAUUGUGAUUGUGGUGGGUCUGCCCAUUAGCCUAGUGGUUUAUCUUCUGGAGUAUUUGUGGUGGCGUUGUUCAUCAACAAAACUCAGAUACAAUCGAUAAUUCAGCACAGAAUGAGCUUCAUGCAAACAAGAGGAGACUAUUGUUCAAGAAGUUAUUAUUC